GCGAUGAAUAACCGUCAGGUCAACUUGAAAACUGUGUGACGAUCUCGUUUAGUUUUCUGUCUGUAGCAUCACAAAUUAGAGCCAUGAGUACCACACGUGGUCUUAUUCUGUCAGUAUGUGCUGGGGUGUGUGCUGCCACCGCAUCACUAUGUGCCAAAUUGGCAAUGUCAGGAGAGGAGGUUGCAGAAUUCUGUAGUUAUCUUCAUCAGAUCUUACGGUCAGAUCUUAUACCACCAUGUUCUGUGAUUGCCAUUGCAAUGAGGAUUGGAGUGUUUUCUCUCAUUUUUAUCUUCAAUGGUCUCAUGUGGACCCUGUUUACAAAGUCCAUGCAGCUCUGUCCAUCAUCAUUACAUGCCACUAUGACAAACAGCUCAUCAAACCUCAUAUUCAGUGGCUUGAUGGGUCAGCUUCUCUUUGGCGAGACGCUCUCAUUGAAGUGGUGGUUCGGUGUCUCGCUCAUCAUCGUAGGAUUAUUCUUUAUCAACAGAGGGCAGCAGACCAGUGAUGACAGCACCUCUCAAGCCCAAUCUUUUCCGAAAGAGGAUAAAAAAGAUAGAUAACGCUGGAAUAUUCAUAAGGAAGCAUGGAAAUGAGAUAUUUUCUCUCUCCACCUUUUCUCCAGGAAGAAACAACAUAUGUGACACUUUACCCAAUAAUAUUUUUGUUGGGGUGUAAUAGAAAGUGCAGUGACCUGAGGCAGUUGUGAAUCGAUCUAAAUGAUCACCUCUGUACAAUUACUCUGGGCUUGAUUCUGAACCACAUACUUUGAAUAGUGACAUUAAGGUCUGCCCUCAGAGUCAAAUUUUUAUCUAUGUGGACGAGUGUUCCCUACUUCAAGGCAAGACCGACUAAUCUGUGAUGUAGCGCACCGUUUUGGCAGGCCUGGUUUUGGAGUGUCUAUAUGUACUCCUGUUGCCUGAACCAAACUAUCAGCAGUAGUAUCCUUGGGGAAGAGAGAUUCUCAAGUUUACUUUAAAGGUAAAACAACGUUUUGGUAUGGGGGUCAUGAAUAUGGUUCAAAUGAACAUAUUGGAAGCAUAUGCGAUCCUACAAUAUUCAGCGAUUGCUGUCGCGGUUGAAAUUGAGUCAGAAGUUAUGAAAUUG